UUAAGCUCCUCAAAUAAUUUCCUAAAUGCGCCUAAAACCAACGCCCUUAUUUGCUCACUUCACUCACUCUCUCCAUUUUCGCCCUUCAUCUCAUCCCUAACUGCCGUGCCCCCUUUCUCACUCCCUCUCUCUCUCUUUCUAAAAUCUCGCAUCUCACAGUCCUCCUCCCACAUUUUUAUUUCUCUCACCAAAACCCCCCUUUUCUCUGAUUUUAUAACAAAUGUUGUUCAGAUUCUUGUGUUGUUUGUGAUUUUUUUGUUAUGUGUAGGUUUUUGAUGAAAAUGGAGAAGAAAAAAAGUUAGUAAAAUUAGAAAAUUAGAAAAUCAGGAGAUCAAGAGAUUUGGUUUGUUGUUGGUUUGAUUGAUAAUGGUGGCUGCCAUUACUGCUACAGCUUCAACAACAACAACACAUCAAACCCCAAAACAAGAAGAAUCAACAGCAAGAAGAGCAACAAUAGGUACAACAAAUCGUUCAUCAAAUCCAACAAGACCGCCAUUAUUACCUUCAGAAAGAGAUAAUGGACUUACUUCUAUUGCAUCAAGAAGACCUAAAUCUAAAGAAAUCACUUCUAGGUAUUUAUCUUCUGCUGCUUCAAAUUCUACUUCUUCAUCUUCUUCCUCAUUUUCAUCAUCAAGAAGAUGCCCAUCUCCAUCUACUACCACUACCACUAGCAGUACAUCAUCAACAACAACGGUGACGAUGACACCAUUAUCAGGUCUCAAGAGGUCACAAUCUGUAGAUAGAAGAAGACCUAUUACACCGAGACCUACUACGCCUCUUCCUGAUUCAAGACCUAACACUUCCUCUUCUUCAAAGAUUUUGUUUACUUCAACGAGGAGUUUAUCAGUUUCAUUUCAAGGGGAAUCGUUUUCUUUACCAAUUAGUAAAACUAAAUCAACUCCACAACCGAAUAAUUUUUUGAGUAAUGGAAGGAAAUCUACACCGGAGAGGAGAAAAUCUACCACUACACCCAUGAAAGAUAAAGUUAAUGGAGAAAGAGAUCAGGUGGAGAACUCUAAACCUAGUGAUCAACAUCGAUGGCCUGCUAGAACUAGACAAGUAAAUCCUUUAAUUAGAAGUAUGGAUUGUACUGUUGAGAAGAAGAAGAUCUUUGGAUCUGGGACUUCAGUUGUUCAUGGUGGAGGAUUUAAUUUGAACCAAUCAAUGAUUGAUGAAACUAGAAGGGCAUCUUUUGAUUGUAGAUUAAACAAUAAUGCCGAGUUAUUAAAAUCUGUUCGGGUUGCAAUUGAUGAUUCUUCCAAUUCAGUUAAUGGAUCUGUUGCUCCUUCUGAUCCCACGGCUUCUGCGUCUGAUUCAGAUAGUGUUUCAUCUGGUAGUAACUCUGGGGCACAAGAAUGUGGUGGAAUUUAUAAAGGGAGAGGGUUGUCCCGUGGAGUUAGUGUUCCAGCUAGGUUUUGGCAAGAAACUAAUAGCAGAUUGCGUAGAUUACAUGACCCUGGUUCUCCAUUACCAUCUACACCUACAAGUUCUAGAACAAUGCCACAGUCUAAGGUUUUUCCGGCACGCAAGUCCUUCACAGACAGCCCUAUUUCGUCUCCAAGACCGGGUACAAUCAAUAGAGCAAUGUCAUCACCAAUACGAGGCUCUGCGCGGCCUGCUUCACCUAGUAGGGUUAUGACGCCCUCUACAUCUUCUCCCUCAAGGGGAAUGCUUAGUCCAGCUAGAAUGAGAAAUGCAGUUGGAGGAACUAUGAGUAAUCAACCUAUUAAUUCACCUUCUAUUUUAAGUUUUGCUGCUGAUGUUAGGAGAGGUAAAAUGGGAGAGACUCGAGUUGUUGAUGCACACCUCUUGAGGCUUUUGUAUAAUAGAAGUUUGCAAUGGCGGUUUAUAAAUGCAAGAAGUGACACAGCUUUACUGGUGCAGAGAAUCACAGCAGAGAGAAAUCUUUAUAAUGCAUGGGUCACCAUGUCAGAAUUGCGUGAUUCUGUGACAGUUAAAAGGAUCAAACUACAACUGCGGAGGCAAAAUUUGAAGCUAACUUCUAUCCUCAAGGGACAGAUGACUUACAUGGAAGAGUGGGCUCUUUUAGACAGAGAUCACUCUAGUUCUUUAUCAGGAGCUACUGAAGCUCUUAAAGCUAGCACUCUUCGUCUUCCCGUUGUGGGAGGAGCAAGGGCUGAUAUUCAGAAUGUCAAAGAUGCUGUAGGGUCAGCAGUUGACGUGAUGCAGGCUAUGGCAUCCUCAAUAUGCUAUUUAUUGUCAAAGGUGGAAGUAGUGAAUUCUUUAGUCGCCGAACUUGCCAAUGUGAGCUCACAAGAGCGUGCUUUGCUUGAUCAAUGCAAAGAUCUCAUGUCUACGCUAGCAGCCAUGCAGGUGAAGGAAUGUAGCCUGAGAACACAUCUAUUACAGCUAAAACGUCUACCAGCAACAAGUCUGACAACUCCAGUAUAGAACUGAUUUCAAUUUGACUUACCCAAUUCUAAAUUUCUAACAUCACAUCAAAGCUUUCUUUUCUCCGGACAUUUGUCAACCGGAAGGUAAAUAAGAAAGUACUAAAUGGUUGGUUAAAACGGUGGUGGCGGCACAUUUGGUCUUCUCCGAAAAAACCGUCGAGAGUUAACUUGUUCUUAUGCCUUUUGUCUGCACAGGUUAGAAAAAGAGGUGUUUUCACGAGCAUUCAUAUUAACUGUAUGCAACUACUUGUUCGGUUGUUCUAUAGAUGAAAGUAAAAUCCCCGAUGUAAUGUAAAUAUGUGUAUUAUGAUGUUUCCCAUGUUAGCUAAUUAUUCGUAGCUCUCUAUUCCUUCUUCUUUUUUCUCCU